AGCAUGCUCGCUUUAGUCGGCACUCGGAUCCAGAAGAUUGUGCACGGAUUUCCGACUAAAGUCGGAACAAAAAGAUUACGGAGGAUAAAGUUGAAUAUUGUAUUAAGAUCAUAGUUCACCUAGGGAAUCUUUGUAAUAGAGAGAUGCAUCACUUUGAAUUAUCUGCCUGAAGAUUAUUGCAAGAUAGCGACAGUUGUUUUCUGACCGCUUCCGUACGAACAUUGUUACAAGAGUCAUUUAAAAAAUCAACAGACCACCUGCGAUUCUGCUUUCAAUUACAAAUAGUUGUAAAAGUAAACUACAUGGAAUCUCGCAGUUUUAUCGUGGAAAAUAAUGUCUAUAAAGGACCGGUGGUUAAUUACACAAGUACCUAUAAAAACAUCGGACACUUGAUAUGGGAUAAACUUACUAGCCAUGGGAAUAAAAUCGCACAUUUGGACGCGCGUACGGAAGAAACGGUCACUUAUAAAGAACUGCAAGUCAAAACUGUGAAAUGCGCGUUGUGGUUGAAACAACAAGGAAUCGGACGCGACGAUGUGGUCAGCGUAUGCAGCAACAAUCACUUUAAUUCAAUCGUGCCGUGCUUAUCAGCGACUUACGUUGCUGCGAUCUUUAACACAAUGAAUGAAGACAUGGAUUUAUCUACCGCAUUGCAUUGCAUAAAACUGGUUAAGCCGAAGGCAAUCUUUUGCACUGCGAAGCCUUUGGAUGUAAUUCGUAAAGUGCUAAAAGAGACAAAUUACAACAUCAAGGUAGUAGUUUUCGACGAUAAUUCCGACGCGUUUUCGUUCUCUGAUAUCUUGAACGGUUACAACGACGCGGAAGUAGCAAAUUUUCGAUAUGUCGAGCACGACAGCUUGAAAAAAACUGCGUGCAUUUUGUACUCGUCCGGUACCACGGGAAUGCCGAAGGGAGUCGAAUUGUCCAAUUACACUUUGGUAAACUUGGCUUUCGAGGAGUCCGUUGACGUAAACGAGGUAAUGCUUUGGUUCUCGUCUCUUUAUUGGAUCAGCGGAGUGUUUCUGAAUUUGGCAGCAAUCGUGCAUGGCGGUAAAGUGCUUUUGUACCCGAUAUUCGACGAAGAAAUGACGUGCAUGUUGAUCGAAAAAUUCAAGGUGCACACGAUUGUUUUAAGCACCAGUAUGGUCAGUCGAUUUCUUAAGGCUGGAUACGUAAAAAAUUACUCACUACCGACUUUGAAAAUUCUUUAUGUCGGCGGCGCGAUUCUCAAGUCGAGUAUGCAGGAAAAUCUGAAGAAUUUGUUACCGCACGUCGAGAUACUUCAAGCUUACGGUAUGACAGAAGUCGGAAUUGCGACGCUGCAAAAGUCGAAGCACAAGAGCGGAUCUUCCGGUACGGUAGUCAAUAAUAUGCAACUAAAGAUAGUGGAUCCGGACACUGGUAAGAUUCUGGGUCCGAAUCAAUCGGGUGAAAUAUGGUUGAAGACGACAAACAUGAUGAACGGCUAUUACAAUAAUCCUGAAGAGACAAAAAAAAUAAUUGACAAGGACGGAUGGCUGCACUCAGGCGACAUCGGGUACGUCGAUGAUGAUGGAGAACUGUUUAUUUGGGACAGAUUAAAAGAGCUCAUGAAAUACAGAGGCUAUCAAAUCUCACCUGGGGAAAUCGAGGCGGUAUUAAGUACACAUCCAGCGGUGUAUGAAGUCGCGGUAGUGGGAGUGCCGCACGAAUUAGACAACGAUCAUCCGCUUGCUUUUGUUACCAAAAAGCCCGGCGCCAAGGUGACAGAGCAGGAAUUAAUCGAUUACGUGGCGAACAAUAUGAUGGAUCAGUAUAAACUUCGUGGUGGUGUCGUAUUCUUGGAAAGUUUUUCAUAUACAGGAUCUGGGAAAAUUGCAAGAAAACAUUUGAGAGCUAUGGCUAAGACACUAGCUGUAAAGUAACAAAGUAAAAAAAAUCCUAGUAAAAUGUAAUUAAUUUCUUAAUCGAGAAUUAAUACUUGAUUUUUAAUUUAAAAAAUAAUGUAGAAACUGGCCAAAAUAAGAAUCCAGACAUUGAUGUUUGGUUGUUUGUAUUAAUAUAUUUUAUAUGAAUUUGCAACGUUUUCGAAGUUUUCAAUCUAGGAAUAAAGGGAUAAAGUUGCUUUACCAAGCAACCUAGAAAUAAAUGAUAAAUACAUAAACAAAAAAUGUCAAAGAGAAAAAGGAAGAUUAAAAGAAAAAAUGCAACUCA